CUUUCUGCAACCAGCAUUGCAAGAAGAACUCUGUGACAGCAUGGAGGAUGAGCUAGCAGAAGUGGAGAUGUUGCAGGAGCUUUCCACACUCAAUUUGAACAGCAGUCUCCUGAAUGCUUACGCAAACCACAGUAAUGUCACCAACCACACUAGUAUCACCUACUACCCAUAUUACCAGCACUCUCUGUCUGUCGCUGCCACCCUGACAACGGCCUACCUCUUCAUCUUCCUGUUGUGCAUGGUGGGAAAUGGCUUGGUAUGUCUGAUUGUGCUGAAGAACCGGCAGAUGAGAACGGUCACGAACCUCUUCAUCCUCAACCUGGCCGUUAGUGACCUUCUGGUGGGCGUCUUCUGUAUCCCAACAACCCUGGUGGAUAACCUCAUUACAGGUUGGCCUUUCACAAACACAGUCUGUAAGAUGAGUGGUCUGGUACAGGGUAUGUCUGUGUCUGCCUCUGUGUUUACACUGGUGGCCAUUGCAGUGGACAGGUUCCGUUGCAUUGUGUACCCUUUCCAACCUAAACUCACCCUACUGGUUGCUAAGGUGACCAUAGUGAUGAUCUGGGUGCUUGCGGUGGUGAUUAUGUGUCCAUCAGCUGUGAUGUUGACUGUGGAGAGAGUGGAGCAUCAUUACAUGGUCCACAAUGAAGACUACAACCACACAUACAAACUUUUCUCAUGCUUUGAGAACUGGGCCAACCCACAGAUGAGAAAAGUCUACACCACCGUCCUGUUUGCACACAUUUACCUUAUCCCCCUCACCUUGAUCACGCUUAUGUAUGGACGUAUCGGGAUCAAACUCUACACCACCUCUGUGAUCUCUGGGAACGAUCAGCACGAAAGCGGACAGUCUCACACCUCCCCUCCGGCUCCUGGAGCGCAGCAGAAAGGCCGGCCCCUCAUUUCCCAAAAGAAGAUCAAAGUGAUCAAGAUGCUGAGCGUCGUGGCUCUGUUAUUCACACUCUCCUGGCUGCCUCUGUGGACCCUGAUGCUCCUCACGGACUACGGAGGUCUGAACGAAGACGACUUGGAGAUGCUUAGCGGCUACGUGUUCCCAUUCGCUCACUGGUUGGCCUUCUCAAACUCUAGCGUCAAUCCCAUCAUCUACGGAUACUACAAUGAGAACUUCAAGAGGAGCUUUCAGGCGGUGUGCAGUACGCAUUCGUGCUGCUGCGAGGGAAUGUCUGUGAAGAGAGGAAUGCAACGGAAAGCAGGAGGAGACGUAAGGGAUCCUGCGGUCAACUCCAAUCCCCUGAAUUUCGGUGCAAGGAACCGGGUCUACAAUGACGGCGAUCUGAAGAACUCGGGGACGUGUCUGGAGUUGGAGCACAGGAGAACUGGCCGGCUUUGUAAUAACUCGGCCUGCUCCAAUGACACAGGAUCCAGUGCGGGAUCUGGGAUAAAAGUGGUCACAAACCAAAAAGUCUUUCAGAUGGAGGAGCCAGAGAGUCCCAUCAGAGGGGGUAAAAACCAAGCCUGGGAUGAAUAGAUGGAUUAUUUAUGCGAUUAAUGGACUCUGGUUGUGGGCAGUUGAGACUCCACAGAUCUUUAAUCUGUGAUCUUUAAAGUGAGAUAUGAAAAGUGAGAUCAUUAGAUCAAGUCAGUACUAAUCUCAUCAGAAAAUGUAUGUGAAAACACUUGAAACACUCAAAGGCUGAAUGAACUUAUUUUUGGACUCAA